AUGCAAACAGAACUCUCUACCUGCUUCUUUCUGUGCCUUUUGCCAUUCAGCUUUAGUGCCACCAGAAGAUACUACCUGGGUGCAGUGGAACUGUCCUGGGACUAUAUGCAAAGUGAACUGCUCAGUGAGCUGCACGUGGACACAAGGUUUUCUCCUAGGGUGCCAAGAUCUUUGCCAUUCAACACAUCAGUCAUGUACAAAAAGACUGUGUUCGUAGAGUUUACAGAUGACCUUUUCAACAUUGCCAAGCCCAGGCCACCAUGGAUGGGUUUGCUGGGUCCUACCAUCUGUGCUGAAGUUUAUGACACAGUGGUCAUUAUACUUAAGAACAUGGCUUCUCAUCCUGUCAGUCUUCAUGCUGUUGGUGUAUCCUAUUGGAAAGCUUCUGAAGGUGCUGAAUAUGAGGAUCAGACCAGCCAAAAGGAGAAGGAAGAUGAUAAAGUCAUUCCUGGUGAAAGCCAUACUUAUGUCUGGCAGGUCCUGAAAGAGAACGGUCCAAUGGCCUCUGAUCCACCAUGUCUCACCUACUCGUAUUUUUCUCAUGUGGACCUGGUGAAAGACCUGAAUUCAGGCCUCAUUGGAGCCCUGCUGGUUUGCAAAGAAGGGAGUCUGGCCAAAGAAAGGACACAGACCUUGCAUGAAUUUGUACUACUUUUUGCUGUAUUUGAUGAAGGGAAAAGUUGGCACUCAGAAACAAAUGAGUCUUUGACACAGGCUUUGGAUCCUGCAUCUGCUCAGGCCCAGCAUGAAAUGCACACAGUCAAUGGCUAUAUAAACAGGUCUCUGCCAGGUCUGACUGGAUGUCACAAGAGAUCAAUCUAUUGGCAUGUGAUUGGAAUGGGCACCACCCCCGAAGUGCACUCAAUUUUUCUAGAAGGUCACACAUUUCUUGUGAGGAACCACCGCCAGGCCUCCUUGGAGAUCUCACCAAUAACUUUCCUUACUGCUCAGACAUUCCUGAUGGACCUUGGCCAGUUUCUACUGUUUUGUCAUAUCCCUUCCCACCAACAUGGUGGUAUGGAAGCUUAUGUCAAAGUAGAUAGCUGCCCAGAGGAACCCCAACUACGGAUGAAAAAUAAUGAAGAAGAGGAAGAUUAUGGUGAUCUUUAUGACUCUGACAUGGACGUGGUUAGCUUUGAUGAUGACAACUCCUCUCCCUUUAUCCAAAUCCGCUCAGUUGCCAAGAAGCAUCCUAAAACUUGGGUCCACUAUAUUGCUGCUGAAGAGGAGGACUGGGACUAUGCUCCCUCAGGCCCCACCCCCAAUGAUAGAAGUUAUAAAAAUCUGUAUUUGAACAAUGGUCCUCAGCAGAUUGGUAGGAAGUACAAAAAAGUCCGAUUUAUGGCAUACACAGAUGAAACAUUUAAGACUCGUGAAGCUAUUCAGUAUGAAUCAGGAAUCCUGGGACCUUUACUUUAUGGAGAAGUUGGAGACACACUGUUGAUUAUAUUUAAGAAUCAAGCAAGCCGGCCUUAUAACAUCUACCCUCAUGGAAUCACUGAUGUCAGUCCUUUGCACUCAGGGAGAUUGCCAAAAGGCAUGAAACAUUUGAAAGAUAUGCCAAUUCUGCCAGGAGAGGUAUUCAAGUAUAAAUGGACAGUGACUGUAGAAGAUGGGCCAACUAAAUCAGAUCCUCGGUGCCUGACCCGAUAUUACUCAAGCUUCAUUAAUCUGGAGAGAGAUCUAGCUUCAGGACUCAUUGGCCCUCUACUCAUCUGCUACAAAGAAUCUGUAGAUCAAAGAGGAAACCAGAUGAUGUCGGACAAGAGAAAUGUCAUCCUGUUUUCUGUAUUUGAUGAGAAUCGAAGCUGGUACCUCACAGAGAAUAUGCAGCGCUUCCUCCCCGAUGCAGAUGUAGUGCAGCCCCAUGAUCCAGAGUUUCAAGUCUCUAACAUCAUGCACAGCAUCAAUGGCUAUGUUUUUGACAACUUGCAGCUGUCAGUUUGUUUGCAUGAGGUGGCAUACUGGUACAUUCUAAGUGUUGGAGCACAAACUGACUUCCUGUCUGUCUUCUUCUCUGGAUAUACCUUCAAACACAAAAUGGUCUAUGAAGACACACUUACCCUAUUCCCAUUCUCAGGAGAAACUGUCUUCAUGUCAAUGGAAAACCCAGGUCUGUGGGUUCUGGGGUGCCACAACUCAGACUUUCGGAACAAAGGCAUGACAGCCUUACUGAAGGUUUCUAGUUGUAACAGGAACAUUGGUGAUUAUUAUGAGGACACAUAUGAAGAUGUUCCAAUUUCCCUGCUGAAUGAAAACAAUGUCAUUGCACCCAGAAGCUUCUCCCAGAAGUCAAGGCACCCUAGCACCAAGCAAAAGCAAUUCAAAGUCACCACAACUCCAGAAAAUGACAUAGAGAAGAUUGACCCUCAGUCUGCAGAAAGAACACCGCUGCUUAAAGCACAGAGUGUCUCCUCUCGUGAUUUGUUGAUGCUGCUAGGACAGAAUCCUACUCCACAUGGAUUAUUCUUAUCUGAUCUCCAAGAAGCCACACAUGAAGCUGAUGGUCAUUUACUUGGAGCAGUAGAAGGAAACAAGGCCCCAUCUGAAGUGGCAAGUCUCAGAUCAGAGCUCCAUCACAGUGGGGACAGAGUAUUUACUCCUAAGCCAGAACUGCAAUUAAGAUUAAAUGAGAAUUUGGGGACAACUGUAACAGUAGAGUUGAAUAAACCUGAUUUAAAGAUUUCUAGUUCAUCAGACAGUCUAAUGACUUCACCAACAAUUCCAUCAGACAAGUUGGCAGCAAGUCCUGAAAAGACAGAUUCCUUAGAACCCCCAAAUGUGUCAGUUCACUUUAAUAAUCAUUUAGGUACCACUGUAUUUGGCAAAAAUUCAUCUCACCUUAUUCAGUCUGGUGUACCUUUGGGCUUGAGUGAAGGAGAUAAUGAUUCCAAGUUGUUAGAAGCAGCUUUAAUGAAUAGUCAAGAAAGUUCACUGGGAGAAAAUGUAUUAUCAAUGGAGAGUAAUAGGUUAUUUAAAGAAGAAAGAGUUCGUGGACCUGCUUCAUUAAUCAAAGAUAAUGCUUUAUUCAAAGUUAAUAUCUCUUUGGUAAAGACAAACAAGACAUCAAUUAACUCAACAAUUAAUAGAAAGACUCAUGUUGAUGUCCCAACAUUAUUUAUUGAGAACAGUACAUCAGUCUGGCAAGAUACUAUAUUAGAAAGUAAUACUGAGUUACAAGAAGUGACUUCUUUGAUUCAUAAUGAAACAUUUAUGGACAGAAAUAUUACAGCUUUGGGGCUAAAUCAUGUGUCAAAUAAAACCACUUCAUCAAAAAAUGUGGAAAUGGCCCACCAAAGAAAAGAAGGCCCUGGGCCACUAGGUACAGAAAAUCCAGAUCUAUCAUUCUUCAAGAUACCGUUCUUGCCAGAUUCAGCAAAUUGGUUAAAAAGGACCCAUGGCAAGAACUCCCUAAGCUCUGAGCAAAGGCCCAGUCCAAAACAAUUAACAUCUUUAGGAUCAGAAAAAUCUGUGAAAGAUAAGAAUUUUUUGUCAGAGGAGAAAGUGGUAAUAGGAGAGGAUGAAUUUACAAAGGACAUAGGACUCAAAGAGAUUAUUUUUCCAAAGAGCAAGAGCAUAUUUUUUACUAAUUUGGCUAAUGUCCAAGAAAAUGAUACAUACAAUCAAGAAAAAAAAUCUCAGGAAGAGAUAGAAAGAAAGGAAAAAUUAACCCAAGAGAAUAUGGUUUUGCCUCAGGUAUAUACAGUGAUUGGCACUAAGAAUUUCCUGAAGAACCUUUUCUUACUAAGCACUAAGCAAAAUGUAGAAGGUUUAGAUGAGCAGCCAUAUACUCCAAUACUUCAAGACACCAGGUCAUUAAAUGAUUCAGCACAUAGAGAAGGGAUUCACAUGGCCAACUUCUCAAAAAUAAGGGAAGAAGCAAACUUGGGAGGCCUGGGAAAUCAAACAAAGCAAAUGGUAGAGAGAUUUCCAAGCACUACAAGGAUGUCUCCUAAUCCAAGUCAGCAUCUUAUCACUCAACGUGGUAAGCGGGCUUUGAAAGAACCCAGACUCUCACUAGAAGAAAUAAAAUUUGAAAGGUGGGUAAUUUUGAAUGACACCUCAACCCAGUGGUCCAAAAACAUGAACCAUUUGACCCAGGGCACCCUCACAAAGAUAGAGUACAAUGAGAAAGAAAAAAGAGCCAUUACUCAGUCCCUCCUAUCAGAUUGUUCUAUGAGGAUUCAUGGCCUUAUUCAAAUGAAUGAUUCUGCAUUACCUAUUGCAAAAGUAUCAGCAUUUCCAUCAAUUAGACAUACAGAUCUGACCAAGAUCCCAUCCCAAGACAGCUCCUCUCAUCUUCCAGCAUCAGCCUGUAAUUAUACCUUUAGGGAGAGGAGUUCUAGGGUCCAAGAAAGGAGUCAUUUCUUACAAGAAGCCAAAAGAAAUAACCUUUCUUUAGCCUUCCUAACCUUAGAAAUGAUUGGAGGUCAAGGAAAGUUCAGCUCCAUGGGGAAAAGUGCCACAAACCAACCCCCGUACAAGAAACUUGAAAACACUCUUCUCUUGAAACCAGGCUUGUCUAAAACAUCUGGCAAAGUUGAAUUACUGCCUAAAGUUCAUGUUCAUCAAGACUCUUUACCUACAAAAACUAGCAAUGAUUCUCCUGGCCACCUGGAUCUCAUGGAAAAGAUCUUUCUUCAGAAAACACAGGGACCUGUUAAAUUGAAUAAAACAAAUAGACCUGGAAAAGUGCCCUUUCUGAAAUGGGCAACAGAAAGCUCUGAGAAGAUUCCCUCCAAGCUGCUGGGUCCCCUUGCUUGGGAUAACCACUCUGCUACCCAGAUACCAAGAGAAGAGUGGAAAUCCCAAAAGAAGUCACAGAAAAACACUGCUUUUAAGAGAAAGGACACCAUUUUGCCCCUGGGCCCUUGUGAAAAUAAUCAUUCAAUAACAGCAAUAAAUGAAGAACAAGAUAAGCCCCAAAGAGAAGCCACCUGGGCAAAGCAAGGAGGGACUGGAAGGUUGUGCUCUCAAAACCCACCAGUCUCAAAACGCCAUCAAAGGGAAAUAACCCUUAGUACUCUUCAGCCAGAGGAAGACAAAUUUGAGUAUGAUGACACUUUCUCAAUUGAAAUGAAGAGAGAAGAUUUUGACAUCUAUGGUGAAGAUGAAAAUCAGGGCCUCCGCAGCUUUCAAAAGAGAACACGACACUAUUUCAUUGCUGCAGUGGAGCGUCUCUGGGAUUAUGGGGUUCAUGGGGUGCCACACCUUAUAAGAGACAGGGCUCAAGGUAUGGAUGUCCCUCAGUUCAAGAAGGUGGUUUUUCAGGAAUUUACUGAUGGAUCCUUUACUCAGCCCUUAUACCGUGGAGAACUAAACGAACACUUGGGACUCGUGGGACCAUAUAUAAGAGCAGAAGUUGAAGACAAUAUCAUGGUAACUUUCAAAAACCAGGCCUCUCGUCCCUACUCCUUCUAUUCUAGCCUUAUUUCUUAUGAGGAAGAUCAGAGGCAAGGAGCAGAACCUAGAAGAAAGUUUGUCAACCCUAAUGAAACCAAAAUUUACUUUUGGACAGUGCAACAUCAUAUGGCACCCACUAAAGAUGAGUUUGACUGCAAAGCCUGGGCUUAUUUUUCUGAUGUUGAUCUGGAAAAAGAUGUGCACUCAGGCUUGAUUGGACCCCUUCUGAUCUGCCGCAGCAACACACUGAACCCUGCUCACGGGAGACAAGUGACAGUGCAGGAAUUUGCUCUGUUUUUCACUAUUUUUGAUGAGACUAAGAGCUGGUACUUCACUGAAAACCUGGAAAGGAACUGCAGAGCUCCCUGCAAUAUCCAGAAGGAGGAUCCCACUCUUAAAGAAAAUUACCGCUUCCAUGCAAUCAAUGGCUAUGUGAGGGAUACACUACCUGGCUUAGUAAUGGCUCAGGAUCAAAAGAUUCGAUGGUAUCUGCUCAGCAUGGGCAGCAAUGAAAACAUCCAUUCUAUUCAUUUCAGUGGACAUGUGUUCACUGUACGGAAAAAAGAGGAAUAUAAAAUGGCAGUCUACAACCUCUAUCCAGGUGUUUUUGAGACUGUGGAAAUGCUACCAUCCAAAGUUGGAAUUUGGCGGAUAGAAUGCCUUAUUGGCGAACACCUACAAGCUGGGAUGAGCACUCUUUUUCUGGUGUACAGCAAAAAGUGUCAGACUCCACUGGGAAUGGCUUCUGGACGCAUUCGAGAUUUUCAGAUUACAGCUUCAGGACAAUAUGGACAGUGGGCCCCAAAGCUGGCCAGACUUCAUUAUUCCGGAUCAAUCAAUGCCUGGAGCACCAAGGAUCCCUUUUCCUGGAUCAAGGUGGAUCUGUUGGCACCAAUGAUUAUUCACAGCAUCAUGACCCAGGGUGCCCGUCAGAAGUUCUCCAGCCUCUACAUCUCUCAGUUUAUCAUCAUGUAUAGUCUUGAUGGAAAGAAGUGGCAUAGUUAUCGAGGGAAUUCCACUGGGACCUUAAUGGUCUUCUUUGGCAAUGUGGAUUCAUCUGGGAUAAAACACAAUAUUUUUAACCCUCCAAUUAUUGCUCGGUACAUCCGUUUGCACCCAACACAUUACAGCAUCCGCAGCACUCUUCGCAUGGAGCUGAUGGGCUGUGAUUUAAACAGUUGCAGCAUGCCACUGGGGAUGGAGAAUAAAGCAAUAUCGGAUGCCCAGAUUACUGCCUCAUCCUACUUAAACAGCGUGUUUGCCACUUGGUCUCCUUCACAAGCCCGAUUACACCUCCAGGGAAGGACUAACGCCUGGAGACCUCAGGCAAAUAAUCCAAAAGAGUGGCUGCAAGUGGACUUCCAGAAGAUAAUGAGAGUCACAGGAAUAACCACACAGGGGGCAAAAUCGCUCCUUACCAGCAUGUAUGUGAAGGAGUUCCUCAUCAGCAGUAGUCAAGAUGGCCACGACUGGACUCUUUUUCUUCACAAUGGCAAAGUAAAGGUUUUUCAGGGAAAUCAAGACUCUUUCACACCUGUGGUGAACUCUCUAGACCCGCCACUACUGACUCGCUACCUUCGAAUUUACCCCCAGAGCUGGGCACGCCAGAUUGCCCUGAGGCUGGAGGUUCUGGGCUGUGAGGCACAGCAGCUGUCCUGAGGGUCCAGCAC